AUGAAUGUUGUUUGUUGGAAUGCUCGUGGCUUGAGCAGCCCGAAGGCAUUCCGUCAACUCCGUUUGCUCAUUUCCCAAAGUAGUCCUGAUGUUUUAUUUAUUAUAGAGUCUAAAUUAUGUGCUGGUUCUAUUUCUAAAUAUCGUAAUGCUUUUAAAUUUCCUAAUGGUAUAGAAGUUCCUAGGGUUGGUCUUAGUGGGGGGUUGCUUUUCCUUUGGAAGUCUAAUGUAAAUGUAACUAUUUUACACUAUGGAAUAAACUUUAUUGACUGCUACAUGACUCUUGAUGAUAGUCCUACGUGUCACUUUUCUGGUUUCUACGGUUCUCCGGUUGUGUCCCAAAGACCUCUAACUUGGGAAUUAUUGAAAAAGCUAAGAGAUACGGCUCCACUGUUACCUUGGCUAGUUAUGGGCGACUUCAACGAAAUCAUUUCGCACUCCGACAAGUUUGGUGGUCCUCUAAAGAAUGAGAAACAGAUUGAUGAUUUUCGAAAUACUAUUGAUUUUUGUGGCUUACUGGAAACACAAUUUGAAGGAGAAAGGUUCACAUGGCACAACAAUAAUGUCAAUGGCAUAAAUGUUAAGGAAAGAUUAGAUUAUGCUUUUGUCAAUUCCUGCUGGUUUGAGAAUUUUGCUGCCAUUUCUUUGCAACAUUUGGAUUUUUUUCAGUCAGAUCAUCGAGCUAUUAAAGCCACUGUCAAAACUCGGCUUCACUCUGCUGUCCAGAAAUCUAAAUCUAGAUUUAGAUUUGAAAAAUUGUGGCUUCAGGAGGAACAAUGCCAAGAUAUUAUUGGUAAAGUUUGGUCUAGUUCUAAUGCAAAUUCUGCUGACCAACUUUCAAUAAAUUUUGCUUCAGUUGCUACUCAACUUUCUUCAUGGCAUCGGGCUAAAUUUGGGGAUUUACCAAAAAGAAUUAAAAUCACUCAAGACAAGGUUGCUGCCCUCAAUAAUUCCUCAGAUACAAGUCCUUCACACUUUGAUUUGCUCAAGUCGAAUGAAUCAAUUUUAGAUGAACUUCUGCAGCAAGAAGAAGACUAUUGGAAGCAGCGUUCCCGUGUUUCAUGGCUAUAA